ACCGCGCUGGGGUGUUCGCAGCCGAUCCCUCAGGUGCAGGGGAGGGCGAACGGGUGGCGCCGUGCCGCGCCAAGUGAGGAAACUGAGGCCCAGGACUGGGAGGCGUCCCGCCCCCUGCGCCGUCGCUGCGGCCCAGGCUUCCAGGAGGAGGAGCUCCGCGCGGAGGAGGAGCCAGGCAGCCCGGGAGCGCGACGCCGGCCUCCGCAUAAGAGGCAGAGCCGGCCUGCAGCCUGUCCGCCGGGCUGGCAGGAAGCUGGGCAGCGGCCUCAUGGAGGAGAAGCGGAUUCUGUGCGUGGGGCUGGUGGUGCUGGAUGUGAUCAGCGUGGUGGACCAGUACCCGGAGGAGGACACGGACCGCAGAUGCCUAUCCCAGCGAUGGCAGCGUGGAGGCAACGCGUCCAACUCCUGCACCGUCCUCUCCCUGCUCGGAGCCCCGUGUGCCUUCAUGGGCUCCCUGGCCCCUGGCCAUGUUGCUGACUUUGUCCUGGAUGACCUCCACCGCUAUUCCGUGGACCUACGCUACUUGGUCUUUCAGACCACAGGCUCCAUCCCCGUCUCCACAGUCAUCAUCAGCGAGGCCACUGGUAGCCGCACCAUCAUCCACGCCUACAGCUUCCUGGUGGCCGACUUCAGGCGGCGGGGCGUGGAUGUGUCUCAGGUGUCCUGGCAGAGCAGGGGGGACACCCCUUGCUCCUGCUGCAUCGUCAACAUCUCCAAUGGCUCCCGUACCAUUGUGCUCUACGACACGAACCUACCAGAUGUGUCUGCUAAGGACUUUGAGAAGGUUGAUCUGACCCGGUUCAAGUGGAUCCACAUUGAGGGCCGGAAUGCAUCAGAGCAGGUGAAGAUGCUGCAGCGUAUAGAACAGCACAAUGCCAAGCUGCCUCUGGAGCAGCAGAUCCGGGUGUCUGUAGAGAUAGAAAAGCCCCGAGAGGAGCUGUUCCAGCUGCUUGGCUAUGGAGAGGUGCCUCUCUCCCACUGCCCGCAGGUGUUUGUCAGCAAAGACGUGGCCAAGCACUUGGGCUUCCAGUCAGCAGCAGAAGCCCUGAGGGGCUUGUACGCUCGUGUGAGAAAGGGGGCCACGCUUAUCUGUGCCUGGGCCGAGGAGGGUGCCGACGCCCUGGGCCCCAGUGGGCAGCUGCUCCACUCGGAUGCCUUCUCACCACCCCGCGUAGUGGACACUCUGGGUGCUGGAGACACCUUCAACGCCUCUGUCAUCUUCAGCCUCGCCCAGGUGAGGCCCAAAGGAAAUAUCCGGGGAAGUUGAGGCCAAAUGAAGCCACACCUCCUUCACACAAGCCGGAGGCCCAGGAAGAAGCCCAGUGACACAGGACAGUGUGGAUCGUGACAGCUGAAGGCCAAGGGGCGGGGCUCUGCUGGAGCCCGGACGCUGCCAGGUUCAUGACCCAGCUCGCCCCAUGACAUAAAUGACUUUUUCGAGCAGAGGGCACACGUAUCAGUUUUGGGGUUUCUGUCUUCUCGGGAUCUCUCGACCAGUCUCUCAAGCUGAAAAUGCGCUUCUAGUUCUGGAUGGGGCUACACAUCAGCCCGGGGCUGCUGCAGCCACUUUGGGCACUGCUGCCGGGCCUGGCAGGUCUUCCCGCCUCUGUCUCCUCUCCUGUCCGGCAUAUCCUCCUCAUAGCACAAAUAAACAAGAGAGCAAUUCUAAUAAAAUAGAAA